AACCGGGAGCUGUGCACAACAUUUGACCGAGACGUGGGAGCGGCGUGUUGUGUGUCCCGAGCUUCAGGGAGACAAACAGGCAGCAGGUCGAGUUCUUCUCAACAACGGGCAGGGAUUUAAAAUACGUGGAGAGAUCGUGGAGCGGCUUCAAUGCGGCGCGUUAUUGGCGCGGAGUGACAGAUAUAAGCUGCCACCACUCACCUGUAACCAUGACAGCGGAGGAGACGAUCAACAUCAAGGAGGCGGAGGUGAUCAAGCUGAUCCUGGAUUUCCUCAACUCCAGGAAGCUGCACAUCAGCAUGCUCGCCUUAGAGAAGGAGGGCGGCGUCAUUAAUGGACUUUACUCUGAUGACAUGCUUUUUCUAAGGCAGCUGAUUCUGGACGGCCAAUGGGAUGAAGUGAUGCAGUUCAUUCAACCUCUGGAAGGAAUGGACACAUUUGACAAGAAAAGGUUCCGCUACAUCGUUCUGAAGCAGAAGUUUCUGGAAGCUCUCUGUGUAAACAAUGCCAUGUCUGCAGCCGAGGAUCCUCAGAAUCUAGAGCUCACCAUGCAGGAGGCAGUCAAGUGUCUCCACAACCUGGAGGACCUCUGCCCGUCUAAGGACGACUACAGCAAGUUGUGUCUUCUCCUCACCCUGCCUCGCCUCACCCACCACGCGGAGUUCAAAGACUGGAACCCAAGCACCGCGCGUGUCCACUGCUUUGAAGAAGCCUGCACUAUGGUUGCCGAGUUCAUUCCUGCGGACAGGAAGCUGAGUGAGGCAGGCUUCAGGGCGAGUGGGAAUCGCCUCUUCCAACUGCUCAUUAAAGGGAUCCUUUAUGAGUGCUGUGUCGAGUUCUGUCAGAGUAAAGCGACUGGAGAGGAAAUCACAGAGGGGGAGGUGCUGCUCGGCGUGGAUCUGCUCUGUGGGAACGGCUGUGAUGAAGUGGAUUUGUCGCUGCUCUCCUGGCUGCAGAACCUCACUCCAGGUGCCUUCUCCUGCGCCUUCCAGCAGAAGACCCUCAACAUCCAUGUGGACCGACUGGUGAAGCCCAGCAAGGCGGGCCACGCCGACCUCCUGACUCCAAUAAUCAACCGCCUGUCUCCCUGCCCUGCCUCACCCUUUCGCCAGAGGCCUCAUUCAGCCGAUACCUACAUGUCCAGAUCUCUCAAUCCAGCUCUGGACGGCCUGUCCCACGGUCUGGCCGCACAGGACAAGAGAGGCAUGGAGGCAAACGUGAAGUCUACUCUCAGUCGGAGCCUGGUGGAGAAUAAUGUGCAUCAGCAAGACGAUUCGCCUGAGAGGAAGCAGCCACAAAGACUGGAUGGUCCCAACAUCACACGCACACCCCUGACUCCUGGAAAAGAUGGUGGGCCGCCCUGCAGCACAGAAACAAACGAGCCUGGUGACUCUACUGAGCACAUACAGGAGUUUUACAGGCAGCGCCUCCGCGUGCAGCAACAUCUGGAACAGAAGCAGCAGCAGAGGCAGCUUUACCAGCAGAUGCUGCUGGAGGGAGGAGUGAAGCCACAAGAUGGAGCCAAACACAACCUCACAGAGACCUUUCUCAGCAGGUCCAUUCAGAAGUUGGAGGAGAUGAAUGUGGGUAUUGACCACAUAGGAGACGAGGUGAUGACACAUCUGGGCCAGCAGUGGAACGGACUGGCAGGAAACGACAGUGUCUCUAGUCCUCAGACGACCAACACUGGCCAUACUCCAGACACUGGGCUGCAGAGGGACAAGCAUGGUGGUGUGAGCAGCAGUACUCCAUUAAGGACCGGCAGCCACGACUUGCCUUCCCUCAGCGAGUCUCCAGUUCCUGUCAGUCGCAGUGCCGAGAGGAUCAGAGCAUCGUGUCCCACGCCGCAAGACGAUUCAGGCUGCACUACGACACGCAGCCCACAGGAGCUGGGGAAAUCCAAAACACAGUAUUUUAAAGUGAGCCAGCUCGAGGACACACAGGCAGUGCGUGCAGUGGCCUUCCACCCUUCAGGAGCUCUCUAUGCUGUCGGCUCCAAUUCAAAAACCCUGAGAGUCUGCGCCUACCCAGAGACCCUGCCUACCAGUAGCUCCGGUACAGUUAAGCAGCCAGUUGUGCGCUUCCGGCGAAACAAACACCACAAGGGCUCAAUCUACUGUGUAGCCUGGAGCCACUGUGGACAACUGCUGGCCACUGGCUCCAAUGAUAAAUAUGUCAAAGUCCUGCCUUUCAAUGCAGACAGCUGCAAUGCCACAGGCCCAGACCUGGAGUUCAGCAUGCACGAUGGCACCAUCAGAGACCUGGCCUUCUUGGAGGGUCCCGAGAGUGGAGGAUCCAUUCUGAUCAGCGCUGGUGCGGGAGACUGCAACAUCUACACAACUGACUGUCAGAGAGGACAAGGCCUUCACGCACUGAGCGGACACACUGGCCACGUUCUGACUCUGUACACAUGGGGAGGGUGGAUGAUCGCCUCCGGCUCGCAGGACAAGACGGUUCGUUUCUGGGACCUUCGGGUGCCCAGCUGUGUGCGGGUGGUGGGCACAACUCUGCACGGCUCAGGCAGUGCAGUCGCUUCAGUAGCAGUGGAUCCCAGUGGCCGCCUGCUUGCCACCGGUCAGGAGGACAGUACCUGUUUGUUGUACGACAUAAGAGGAGGACGCAUAGUGCAGACGUACCGUCCCCACAGCAGCGACAUACGCUCUGUGCGAUUCUCGCCAGGAGCCCAUCAUCUUCUGACCGGCUCCUAUGACAACAAAAUAAUCAUCAGUGACCUGCAAGGUGAUCUAACAAAGCCCCUCCCUCAGACAGUGGCAGGGGAACACUGGGACAAGGUGAUCCAGUGCAGGUGGCACCCCCAUGAUGGGACCUUCCUUUCCUCAUCUGCAGAUAAAACUGUCGUCCUCUGGGCUACAGGUUCCUAAAAGUCCAGGAGAGAAACACUGGUUAGAAGCAGCAGCAGCAGCAAGCACAACAGUGUUCACAAACAACCCAGAGUGGGAUCACUUACUGUUGUGAGGUGUGUGUGUAUGUGUUCAAUCAGUUUAUUCAUAUAUAUAUUAGGAUCUAUGUAUGUGGCUCAGUUUAAAGGUGUGUGUAAGGUGUGCAUACUGUAUAAAUGUAUGUGUGUGUGUGUGUGUGUGUGUGAACAUUACCAUGAGCAUGACAUUAAGUCACUUCACAAAUAUUAGUCUGUACUUUCCACUAAAGUACUAAAAUAUUCACUGUGCCCAUGUGUAUAGAAUUCUGGAUGACAUGUUUGUUUUCACCACCGUGGUGGGAGGCAAAGCUUCUGCUCAAAUAAACGGUGCCAGUGUCAAGCCAUCAGAGUUCACUGUGCACUUUAAAUCCACAUAGUUAGAGCAAUAUAUCGUUGAACUUUACAAACUGAAUAUAUGCAAUGCUUACAAUAGCCCUUGGAGCUCUUCACGAGUAUGGAAAGAACCAGAGAGGACAUUACAAACCUGCAGUAUUCUGAUAUAUUUGAUAAAUUCCUUCCCCCUAUGCUUAAACAUCAAAAUAAAACCAUGUAAAAGAACCAGAAAUUGGGUUAAAAGUUGGUUAACAAUGGAUUCCGUUCCUGAUGCUAUGACAUGAUCACUACACGCAUGGAAUUUGUUGCCUGCAGGUUCUCAUCACUCAUCACUCUUCUCUGCUUGCUUAGAGUGUGUUUUAUGGUGUUGAAGUGUUGGAUGAUGGGACUGUGUGACGUCAGCUACAGGAGCUCUAUACACAAACGUGUGUGUGCGUGUGUGUGUGUGUGUGUGUGUGUUUGUGUGUGUUUAAUACCUUCCUGCUUUUAGCUUUGUAAGUAGUACAUGAAGAUGAAAUGGCAAAGAUGUAUUUAGGAUUUAGAGACGACUGAAAAUGCCUGUAUUCAAAAGGGCAUGAGUACAUUCACUGUAAGCACACUUUCAAUUAAGUUAGUCUAUUUUCAAAAAGUGUCAACUCUCUCUCUCAUGUAAUUCAGUCAUUGUCACAGCUCACCUCAGAGGUAACAGUGACCUGGACUGACAGAAGCCACUUUGAUUAUGCACAUCAUAAUGUGCCUUUUUUUGUAACAUUUAUAGACAGAGCUUGAAUUAAUUUAUUUGCUGCUUUAUCUUAAUCACAUGCCUUUAAUGUAUACAUUUUGCAACGUCAUGCAGGAAAUGAUCAGCCACUAGGCACCUGUUUAAAAGUGUUUCCCCUCCAUUUGUUUUUAUUGUAAAAUUUGGAGGAUGCUUUAUACAAAGGUUGAAAAUAUAGCAUGUUCAGGUUUGACAUUUCUGUAAUAAACAAAAGAAUAUUAUAAGUGUCGCAACCACAAAAAAAAACGCACAUUGUUACAUAUUUGGCAACCACAAGCAUCAUGAAAACAGCCAAUA